AUGACAGUACUACCAGAUUAUUUAUAUUCCCAAAUCCUAAAUGAAAUUGUUCUUCACAUAUAUAACAAUAAAUUAAAAGAGUUUUAUUUCUCCUCUUCAGGUUGGAAAUUCAACAAUACCGAAAUAUUGGGAUAUUGUAUAUGCAAAAAAUGGUUUAAUAUAUUAUCAAAUUUAUUAUUAGAACACCUUUCAUUUAAUAAUUAUAAAUUAAUAAAAUAUUUGAUAAAAGAUAAUAGUAACAAUACGGACACUUAUAUUGAUAAUAAUAUAGAAAAUAAUAGUAUAGAUAAUAGUAAUUAUAAUUAUAACAAUAAAAAUAAUAUUAAUAUUAAUAAUAAUAAUAGUAAUAAUCAAAACUAUAAAUUAAUACAAAAUAAUAAUAAAAUUAAAGUUUAUAAAUCAUUAAAAGAAUACGAAAUUGAUAAUUCAAAACAAUACAGUAAAGUUUUAGUUAUAAUUAAUAAUGAAGAAGAUUCAAUAAUAGUUUUAGAAAAUAUUAAGAACUAUCCAGAUAAUUGCCAAUUUAAUUUAAUUUUGACAUCUCAAGAGUUAAUAGAACGCGAAUUCCCGGCAAUAACAAAUACCAUCGGUGGGGAUAUUAUAAACAAUAUCAAGUUUAUUUAUAUUUAUUUUACAGAUAUAGAACAUACAAGAAAUUUAAAUCUUUGGAACAAAUUCUCAAAGUUAAAUCCAAAAGAAGUUGUUGCAUUUUCGAUAGGAACAUCAGAUUUUUCUCAUUUAUUAAAAAUUCAAUCAAUCCAAUCGUUAAUGAUGCCAAGUUUAGAUAUUUUAAUCGAUUUUUCAAAAUUAGAUAAUUCCAGCACAUCAAUAAAAAAGCUAUCACUAUCAUUAAAGGACUACUGGUGCUCAAUUGUAAAAACUUUAUCAAACAACUCCACUAUUAAAGAACUAAUUUUGACCAAUAAAUGUAAUGUAACACUAGAUGAAAGUAAAUAUUCAAAUGGCUGUAGUAUAAUAAAGAACUCGUGCAGUGGUGGCGGUGAUAGCAGCAGUAGCGAUAAAGACUAUGAUGGUGCUGAUGUAAGCCAUAGUUCAGAUGAAGAUGAUGGAUAUGGUAUUGAUUCAUCCCAACUCGACCUCUCUCUGAUUAAUAAGGGUUUCGAAACUAUAUUUACUAGUGCAGUAUCAAGUAUCGAAUCAUUGUGUAUCCAUUAUUUUAAUUUUAUAGACUCAUCAUUCCUAUCCAGCUUAUCAAGAAAUACAACAAUUAAAAAUUUAAUUUUGAAAUAUACAGAGGUAGAGCCAUUUUUCAAGCAGGUGCUUCAUAUAAAUAAAACAAUAAGAAAUUUAGUUGUAGAAUACACAGAUACAGAUAACGAGGAAUUAGAAUCACUUUUUAAUUUAUUAAAGCAGUAUUCCAUCAAUUUAUACUCAGUUUCAGUUAUUGGCCAUUAUUCAAAUGAUCAUCAAGAGUGCUUGGAAAUUGUAAAGCGUAACCAAAUUUCAUUAUUAAAUAUAAAAGAAUUUAAUAUAUUUGACAUUAAGCAAUCCUCAAAUAACUAUCAAUUUUUAAAAUUAAACAACACCAUAGGUUCUAUUAUAACCUAUCAAAGUAAAAAUGUAUAA